UAUAUGUAUUCACAUACAUAACCAGACUAUAAUGAUACUAGAGAAAAUCGUCGAGGUAACAUCGCCACGCGACGACCCUUCGACGAAUAUCAGCACAUCGUUCUUUGGAAGCCACAUUAGCUUGCACAUAGAUGACUUGAAAUUAACUGCGCAUAAACAAUGUCUCAUUAUUAAUAAGUUCGUGAAUGAGGAUGUGACGUGAAACAAUUUACGAGAGGGAACAUCUAGCAAUUACACAGUUACGUUAAAACAGAAGCAAAUAUAAUCGACUCCGUUUACUUGUGACUUACAAAAGAUAAUAAAUGCCAACAAGGAGGGAAACGAAAUCGAUUUAAAAGUACAUUCAACGGGGAAUCGUUUUAGACAUUGUCCAUUUGCCGAGGUUUCGCGGAUCACUAUAAAUAGAUGACAAGAAAGGGGGAAUUAAUCGGGCGAGCCGAACGGGUAAUUCGUGUCGCAAUUGCGUGCGAUUGCUCAAAAUUUGUCAUAUCGUCGUACAUGGGAGGUAUUUAUUAAACAAAUUGAUUUCUUCAACAUGCUUGGACAUAAUCUGCCCUUGACACAAUUAUUGAGUAGAUGAUAGUUCUCGUAAAUGGGUACUCUUGUCGUCUUUACACGAGUACCUGCGGUUAGUACGGUUAGUAAGCUAUGAAAAUUCCGUAUUAGUCCUUAUCACAUGCAAUAUCUCUGUACAAUUUUAUACUUUAUCAGCAAUGAUUUUAGAAAUAUAAAAAUUAGUCUUUUCCUAAAUAAAACUCUCCGAUGUCAGGCAAUAUUAGGUAACUGAUAACAUUUGUAAAUGAUAACGCGGCGAAUGAAUCAUAACCGAACGGAAUGAAUUAAAAAUAAAAUUGAACCAAAAAGAUUAGAAUGCUUUAUAUAUGGAAACCAGUCAUGUUGCCGUCAGACAUGGUACAAGAACCUGACCUUAGUUAACGAUCACAGAAGACCUUGAGGAAGCUAAAUCUCAAGGCACGAAGGUCAGUAAAAGCGCAAAUCCUUGUGGGUGGUUGGUCGAUCAGAGUUAGAAACACGUCUGUCGAAAAUAAGGGAAAAAAGAAGGCAAAUUCUAUUCGUAAGGAUGGGAGAAAAGCUGAGAUCGCGGGCCAAUCGAGACAAACGAAAAUGGCAGGGAUUGGCUGCGACGAAGAUCGAUGUGCAACGAGGCGCGCGCGCGCGCGUCACUUUCCUACUCUUCUUACUGGGUACAUCCUACCACAAAGUGAUUAUGUGUUAACCAAAAACACGAAGGGCAAAAAAAAAGAUAAUCUUUUUUGUCUUUUUUGGCUAGAAUAUGUCGGUGACGGAGAGAUAGAUCAAUUGAAAUGAAUUCACUCCCGAUUUUCUUCCCGGGGAAGUCGGUCAGUGGAAACUCGGCUGUUCCUGAUAUACAUCGACUAGUUCAUGGGGAAGCGCGGAGAGCUAACAGUUGUGAGUCGGAAGAGCGUAUGCGCCAUAUGUACGUAAUUAUUACGGCCAAUCGGGGAUUGAAAGCGUCGUGCAAAGAUUUGUCGUACUAUUGAAGCUCCAGGGUCCGCUUCGUCCCGUUGGUUCCCUCGCGUGCGUGCGUAAGCGCGCGCGCACAUAGCCGCGCAACGGUGGUUCAGUUGGUUAUUGACGUUCAUGUGCACGGGGCGCGUUGUUAGAGUCUCUUCAAGCACAGCAGCUCGAGAAUAGCGAGAAUUCGCGCGGGUUAUUUGCCGACCAAUCGGAGAUAGGAAGGACGAGAAAUACCAGAAUCUACCGAGGCCAAGGAAACGGAAAAACGAAAGGCAAGUCUGAUCAGACGAGCCAGAAAAAAUAGCCGAGUUUGAGCGAGGAGGGAGGUUACGGAACCCAACUACAUGGCUCCGAAAAUUAUUCCUUCUUUUCGCCGUCCACACGUCUGUUACCCACGUUCAAGCGAGCACCAUCGGUUCAAUCAGCGGACUACCGCUCCGAAAUAAUUAUAACGAUACAAGUUUUGGUUAGUUUCGUGAGUUUCGUCAGGAAAAGAAGAACUAUCCAGCAGCGGCUAGCUCUGCUCCAUGUAUGUACGUCCCCUCUGUUACAUCUUGAACAAUAUACGCUGAAGAGUAUAGAAUCGACGACUGUGAUAACGAGUUUGAAGGGAGAGAAAGAGAAAGAGUGUGCGCAACGAAAGAGAAGCAUGACCGUAAUGCAAACGAUGCUGUCGAUUUAGCAAAUCGUCGUUAAUAUUUUUCACGAUUCAAGAACUGUCCCCCGCUGGUGAAGCUUAUGUCACACGCAAUCGAAAGGAACACUAGCAUUCACGGAAGACGAAAGAGGAGAAAAUUGAAAGAAGAACGGCAUCAGAUCGUAAAAAAAGAAAAGUCGAAGUUAAGAAGCAUGCUCCAGGACAAUAUCGUGUUAGCAACGUGAAACGUGAGCUUCCUUCAAUACCUUCGUGUCGUUAAAGUGAUUUUCCCUGCGCGUGGACCACGGUUGCGAUCUCUCAAUUUCGAUGCUUCGUUUUUGCACGAAGGGGAAACUAAUGUUCAAGCUCGUACGAACAGAAGUCCUUUCAGCAAUCGUUGGAUUCUCAUCCUUCUUCAAUUAUCCCUUCGUUUCCCUUGUUUCUUCUGAUUCGUCUCGUAAUCCCCAUUCGUCGUGUUUUUUUCAAUUUUCCUAUUAAUCUAUCUGAUGUUAUUGAAAAAAAAAAACGGCAAACUUCUCGAUUCGUAGUGUGCAAAUUGAAGGAAAAAUUAUAUCGUCCGAUAUAUACGACGACUCUCUCCCUCGUACACAACCCACGCCAUAUCGAUUAUACUCGCUGCUCCGAGACAGAUAUUUGAAUCGUUGAUUUUCAGCCUUGCCCAUGUAAAUCACGUAAUUUUCACGUAAUUCUGUUGAUCUUCUUGAAUCAUCGUUACAUUCUUCCUUCGUAUCUCGUAACGGAUACGUUUCGACCCACAGGUUUUAACUUCCGUGAACGUCCACGCGACACUUCAACCGAUCAAUGGUGAAGAACAACAUAAUUUUUUACAACCAACAGCAGAAUAAAGUGAACAGGGAGAAGAAGUGUAGCACACCGCGUGUCUCUCCCUUCUGCCGUUCGCAGAAAGGAGCCUGCGUCCGCGUGGGAGCUAUUUCGGCGAACAGGCGCGUUCUUCGUACCAGGCAUGCCUUCCGCGUUACCCUAAGGAAUUUUUUCUACACAAACAACUAAUUUAUUCGAGAUAAAACGCUAUUAUAACAGAGAAGAAAGAAAAAAAGAGAAAGACAGAAAAUAAUAAAAAAUAUUCUUAUAGUUAAACGUAACAAUUAAGAUCCUUUUGUUGAACUGCCGUCGCUGUUCUCGUCGUCUUCGUCGUCGGCUUCGUUGACACUGUCGUUAACGUCGUCGUCGUUGUUGUUAUUGUUACACUCGUUGCUCGUCUCGAUAAUCAUUCUCGAUAGCCAUUGUUGCUCUCGUUGCUGCCAUUACCUACUGUUUUCUUCGUCUUUCGUGCCAGUAAAUGAUCGUUGUGGUGACUUUUCAAAAUAUAUCUAUACACUUUUUAAACAUCGAUUCGGUUACUCUGGUCGAUGCUGGUCCAUCGAAUUGCUUAAGUGUCCAAAGAUAGGAGGAAAGGUGAAGGGAGCAAGGAAGAAAGUAAAAUAUAAGGAGUAAAAACAGGAUACAGAAGACAGAGGGGAAGGUGGAAAUUAAACUAUUUAUCUUUGAAACAACGGACUCUGAAGUGAAGCAUGGUAGUCAAGAACGAGAAUACGAGAAAUGGGCAUGAGCUGGCUCCGUUAAACGAGGAACGUCAGGCAAGCCAGAACGUGACAAUCGUGGUAACAGGAAGUCAAAAUGCUACUGGUAAUCAAGAAACCAAAGAAGAAAACAGAGCAGCAUGGAGCGGCAAGAUGCAAUUUUUCCUCAGUAUUAUUGGUUACAGCGUGGGACUUGGGAAUAUCUGGAGAUUCCCUUAUCUGUGCCAACAGAACGGAGGAGGUGCCUUUCUCAUCCCCUUUUUCGUGAUGCUAAUCCUAGAGGGUGUACCCCUCUUUUUAAUCGAGCUGGGUCUCGGUCAACGAAUGCGACAAGGUGCCCUUGGUGUAUGGAACACGAUACAUCCAUGGCUAGGCGGCAUAGGAAUAGCAUCGUGCAUCGUCACCUUCUUCGUAGCACUUUAUUACAACGUCAUCAUUACCUGGUGCUUCUAUUAUCUUUUCAAUUCACUUGAGGAGCCGUUACCAUGGGCGAAAUGUCCAGAGGUUAAUGGCAAGCCAGUCGAGGAAUGCGUGAAGAGUUCGGAAACUGCCUAUUUUUGGUAUAGAACCACGUUAGACGCAGCACCCUCGAUUCAAGAAGGACAGAGUCUCAAGUGGUGGAUCGUCCUUUGUCUGCUAUUGAGUUGGAUCAUCGUCUUCUUUAUCGUGAUGAAGGGAAUACAAUCAUCGGGGAAGGUGGUAUAUUUUACAUCCAUGUUCCCGUAUUUGGUGCUUACUAUCUUUUUUAUUCGUGGAAUAACGUUAAAAGGUGCCAGCGCUGGAUUAGCCCACAUGUACACGCCAAAGAUCGAGAAAUUAUUAGAGCCGACGGUUUGGCUCGACGCAGCGACGCAGGUUUUUUACAGUUUCGGACUAGCGUUCGGCUCCUUGAUCGCGUUCGGUUCUUACAACACUCCGGACAACAACUGUGUCCGGGACGUGAUCCUGGUUAGCGGUUGUAACGCCUUCACCGCUAUUUACGCGAGUGUCGUGAUAUUCGCCAUUCUAGGCUUUAAGGCGAUGACAAAUGUCGAUAAGUGCCUCGCGAGUAACAAAGACUUACUUCUUCAAAAUGGACAUAAUAUAACAGAGAACAUCACCAUAGACGAAUACGAAAAAUAUGUAGAUACGUUAAACAAAUCCGCAUUAAACUUCAACCUUGAAACGUGCAGUCUCAGCGAGCAAUUGGACAAUGCCGCCGAAGGUACAGGAUUGGCUUUUAUAGUCUUCACCCAGGCGAUAGUCGAGUUGCCUGGCGCCUCAUUUUGGUCCUGCAUCUUUUUCUUAAUGCUUCUAGCACUCGGCCUGGGUUCUCAAAUCGGUAUAUUAGAAGGCAUGCUGUGUGUCAUUUUUGACAUAGAUCUGUUCAAGAGAAUAAAAAAGCAAUACAUGACAGGGGUCGUUUGUACGAUCUGCUUCUUUGUUGGUUUAAUAUUCUGUACCGGCGCUGGAGAAUAUUGGCUGAAGAUGUUCGACAGUUUCGCCGGUACCAUCGGUCUCGUAAUGGUCGCGCUCAUGGAAAUGAUUUCCGUCAUCUUCGUUUAUGGACACGAAAAAUUCACAAAAGACAUCGAGGAAAUGACAGGAUACAGACCAGGGGCAUAUUGGCAAUUCACCUGGAGAUUCCUUGCCCCUAUAAUCAUGGUGUGUAUUCUCCUUUCCAGCAUAGCGUCCAUGUUCAUCAAAAAGCCUACAUAUUCCGCGUGGGACGCAUCACGGGGUAUAGCCGUACCUACUGCGUAUCCCAGCUGGGUGUUGGCCAUAGCGGUUGUCAUCAUUUUCGCGGGCAUCGCGCCAAUACCGAUCGUAUUCCUUUUGAGACGGUUCCAAUGCGUCAAACUGGACGUUGACAUUCAUCAAGGCAGCAUACGACGUAUAGAUACCACAGUUUCCACUAAAGAGAUGAUGGGCGACGUCGAUUUGGACGAGUAUCACGAUCGUCUCGAAGAUUUCCCCGAGGAGGACGAAGAUGUGAAUAGCGACGACGAUAACAACAGUGCACCGCCCAUAACGAAAAUUGUCCCUAAUAAACUUCAGGGUAAACCGUUCAAAAUGGAAGUGAUGGACUUUUAAAAACGAGCGUAAAUCGGAUUCGCGUAGUUUCUUCUUACGAAUAGGGCAAGGAAGAAAGAAAUAAUCGAACAUCUGUCACUUCUUUGGAAUUUCAGUUCUUUGAAGAUCUGUAAAACGAAUUGCAGGUCCGGAUUAAGAGAAUCGAAUGAUCAGUGAUCAAUGCUUUUCGAAAGCAAUACUUACUUUCGUCGAACCUACGACACGGGAUUUGUACAGCGUGUGCAAAGCAAAUAAGAAAUAGAAAAGUGGAGGAAACUCAAAUAAAUAACUCGGCAUUACGAAAUAUAUCGCAAAGGGUGAAAAAAGAGACCGAAUUUAAUCGCACUCGGAAUCGCGCCUUCGCUGGCUUUGUUCAUUAGCUCAAUUUUAUCAAGAUUCAAAUUGUUUUUAACGGCCUGAAUGUUAUCUUAGGCAAUUAAUUCUUAUCUAUUAUUUCGUAUAAUCGGCAUUAUACAGCAGAUUAAAAAUGGAAAAAAACUGCAAAAUUACACGCAGAUCCCUUGUGCAACAGCGUUGUUAAAAAUUAGGUUUCUUGCACGAAGAAACAAAUUGCGUUGAUAUUAGUCUCCCACCUUCGCAUAUUAUUAGACAGAGUACCGUCUGCUUAUGUUACGAAUCGAACAAAUAAAACGUUCUGAUGAAGGCUUGUCCAUUUAAGAACGAUAUGUUCAAAACGUGCUGGUAUUUAUAGUACGUACAAUCAAUUGUUCAUCUUGAAAUUUUCGAUUUUCGAUUUUCGAUUUCUAGACGGUGCCUACGUUCCUAUUGCUUCCAGACCUCAGGGGUGAGAAGAAAUGAAACGAUCAACAGAGAAAAGUUGCAGAUAUCGAAACGGAAAUUAGAAAUUACGAACCUACUCGCCUAAAUAGAAUCGUACGAGUAGGAAAUAGUGUAUAGACGGUAUCUCUUUACCAAGUUUCGUAAUACUUCCGAAUUGCUAGGAACCCGAUUACCCAAGGCAGCGGUAGAUAAGCGGAACACAGUGUUUGAAUGUCUCCGAGGCAGGCAUGUCGAGGCCGGAUCGCAGAAUUUUCUAGGUUUGUACUUAAUAAGAGAGACAAAAAAUGGGGGAAGGGGGAAAAAAAACCACGAAGCGAAAAUUCCUUCGCGAUGAUCCGAGUUUUCGUCGAAGCUCAACGAGGUCGAUAUCGGUCACGCAAUCGUUCCUUAGAAAACCAGAAACAAUAGACUUUUUCGUUCUCUCUUAUUUCUAGGAUCAAUUACGUUCGAUCGGUGACGACCAAUUGCGGAAGAAUAAAUAUCUUGUAAAUGUAAUGACAGCUAUCUUUCCGUCGAGCAGUGUAAUAUAUUCGUUUGACAGGUCAGUACCUGGCUCGAGAACGUCGAUAGCAAUGAUAACACAAAAGAUGAAAAUAUGUACUGAUACAUUAUUCAUCGCGUUACAUCGUAAUCACGAUGCACGAAAUGCUAUAUUUUUGGCAGCAUGGAUGCUCAGAUUUACCCCAUGAAAGGAUGUUGCCCCGCUCCUUUCUGUCUUCUUUCCGUUCUUCUGUUUUUUUCACUUGACACACCGGAAACGUAAUCGCUGCUGCGUUCGUAGACAUUUAAAUAUAGAUUAUACAUAGGGUAUAUUUGGAUAUUGUAUACACAAAUGUCCAAAACGUUUAAAUAAAAGCUUAUUUAUUGCCGAGUACA